AUGCUGACUGUAGACCCGCGGCCUGCCAUGUCGGCCCCCCUGCAUCUUGUGCCUGCUGGUGCACCUGGAGCGGAGAAACUUUUCACCAGCUCGUGCUAUGAGAAGCCACGCGGCAUUAGUAUCUUGUCUGUCGAUGGCUGCCUGAAACUGGCAGGAAAGACUCCGGAAGCAGUCCUGGAAGUCAGCUUCCGCUUUGUCAUCAGUGAUGUCCUUGAAGUCACGCACAGGGAAGGGUGUCGGUGGGACGUACACCCGUUGCACUUGCAUGCAAGCCUCACGGCGGAUUUUAACCUGAAGCCCGAGAUGGCCUUUGAUUGGCAGGUCCCGCCGGAUGGUGAAUUCUUCACAGAGUACUAA